GGAGGAAAGCAUAUCGAAGAAUUAGUCGCUCGUGAAGGAUUUCAAUUUUUGGCGACCAUGAAUCCCGGUGGUGAUUGCGGAAAGAAGGAGUUGUCACCCGCGUUGAGAAAUCGAUUCACGGAGAUAUGGGUUCCCUCGGUCUCCGAUCGUGACGACCUACUGCAAAUAAUUGAUGCACAAUUGAUUCAUCCCGCUUUGAAGUGCUACAGUUAUUAUAUUCUGGAUUUUGUUGAUUGGCUCACCGAUGUCAUUAGAGUUCGACAAUUCAUAAGCGUUAGGGACAUUCUGUCGUGGACGCAAUUCAUGAACGCGACCGCGGAAUUUCUAGGACCGAAUGAAUCGUUCUUACACGGAGGGUGUCUUGUAUUCUUGGACGGACUUGGAUCAAGCGCAGCAUCACGUGCGUCUUUGUCAGGACAGGAUUUAAGAGAUGUUAGGGCAAAGUGCCUGAACAAGUUGAAGGAUCUGUGCGCAGAAUCAGUUGUUCUUAGCUCAGAACAUGAUGUUGCACGUGCCCGAAUGUAUUCCACUGAAACUCACUUCGGCAUUCAUCCCUUUUUUAUUUAUAAAGGCCCGCUCGGAAUGCAAAACCCGUCUUUCAAUCUACAGACACCCACCACCGCAGAGAAUGCAAGACGAGUUCUUCGUGCGAUGCAAGUUCGCAAACCUAUCUUGUUAGAAGGCAGCCCGGGCGUUGGAAAAACAAGCUUGAUCACCGCGCUAGCCGCUUCAUCGGGCCACCAACUCGUUCGAAUUAAUCUCUCAGAUCAGACUGAUCUAAUGGAUUUGUUCGGUUCCGAUCUUCCUGUAGAAGGAGGACGUAGCGGAGAAUUUGCGUGGUGUGAUGCGCCAUUUUUAAAAGCUAUGAAAAAUGGCGAUUGGGUCCUCUUAGAUGAACUCAACCUUGCCUCACAAUCAGUAUUGGAGG